CUCGCUCAUAGCACCAAAUAUACUUUUUGCCCACACACACACACUUUCUCUCUCUGAUCCCUAUCUCUUUUCUCAUCCAACUUUCCCCUUAGAAACUCCUCUUUGUCUCUGACUAGGGUUUCUCUCUUAAGAUGACAAAAGAAUCUCAAUAAUUGAAGAUCCUCUUGAGGAUUUUCCAUCUCCUCUUCAUAUCAUAGUUAAUACAUAGAAGAGAGAAACGAAGAAGAGCAAACAAUUCUGAGUAGUUAUCAAGGGGACUUACUCUUGUUGCUCCAUCAAAAGGGGAAAUAUAACAAAAAGAUGUCGUCGUCGUAUUCCAACUAUACAAACUCACCGUGCGCGGCAUGCAAGUUCCUCCGGCGGAAGUGCACUUCAGACUGCGUAUUCGCACCGUAUUUUCCGCCAGAGGAACCUAAAAAGUUUGCGAACGUCCACCGGAUAUUCGGGGCAAGCAACGUCAGCAAGAUCCUCCAGGAGGUGGAGCCACAUCAACGAGAAGAUGCAGUAAACUCGCUUGCUUACGAGGCGGAAGCAAGGCUAAGAGAUCCAGUGUAUGGUUGCGUUGGGGCCAUCUCAGUGCUCCAAAGACAGGUCUUGGGGCUGCAAAGGGAACUAGAGGAGACUAAUGCUGAUAUCAUGAGGUAUGCUAGUUGCCUUGGUGGUGAAACGACUUCGGUUUAUGGAGCCCGGAGAGGUUGACUGGUCACCGGGAAAUCUUGGAAUAUAUAUGUUGACGAGAACAUCCAUGCAUGUAUAUGUAUGUGUAUGUUUAUUUAUGAUAUGCAUGCGUAUGUGUAAUUUAAAUUGUAUUUUCUUUUACAUGGAGGUCAAAGGAUAUUUGUGAAUAUGUCAAACAUGCAAAUAUAGUAACUGAUGUAUGUGGUUGUCUUCGCUUAAUCAUAACUUGCAUUUCGAUAA